GUUUAGCUUUUAAAGAAACCCAGUUUUUGAAUUCUAUAAAGCUCAACUGCUCAAGGUGCCCAAAAAGGGAGGAAACAAAAAAAAAAGUAAUAAUAAUCAUUUCUUUUUCUUUUUUUUUUCCCUCUGUUUUUCUCUUUUGGUUGUUGGUAUGGAAUUCAAUAUUCAAUCUCCAUUGUCGUUCGAGGUGGUGGAGGAGCUACUUCCUCUCCCUUCUCUUUCGUGCGUUGAUAUCGCCGUUCCUCAGUUGCCCGCCGCCCACAAUCUGAGUGACAUUAUUCUCUCUCAAAGCCCCAAAUACGGCCGCCGGCGAAAAGAGCCGCCCGUAUUUGCCGGCGACGAAAACAACAAGAAGAAGAAGAUUAUCCACAGAGAUGUGGAGCGGCAAAGAAGGCAAGAAAUGUCCACUCUUUAUGCAGCUCUUCGCGCCCUUCUUCCUCCUGACUAUCUUAGGGGAAAGAGGUCGAUAUGCGAUCACAUGCAUGAAACAGUGAAGUACAUACAGCACAUGCAGACGAAAAUCCAAGAGCUGUCGCAAAAGAGGGACGAGCUGAAGAAACAUGCCAAACAAAAUUCAGACCACGAAACUACGGAGACACCGAGCACCACAAGAAAGGACACAAUCGUAGUGAGAAAAAAACAUGGUGGAGUUCAAGUUGUUCUAGAUACGGCCACUACUCGCAGGCGGCCGGUUUCCAGCAUUCUAGAAGCUUUAAUUGCAGAAGGGCUCCAAAUCGCCAGCUGCAUUUCCACCAAGAUAAACGACAGGUUCCUCCACACCAUCGAAUCCGAGGCUGCCGAUGAUAGCAACCCAAGUGUCGACGUGUCGGAACUCCACCAUAAAUUGACCAACUUGGAGAACUUUCCAUUGGAUUAAAUUAGAUUUUGUAGAGGAAAGGGGUUUUGGUUUUGGUUUUGAUUCGGUGUGUGUUGGUGAUUUCUUAUUUUUCUAGUGUAAUCUCGGAAUGAUUCAAUAAUUGCUUUCCAUAAUUCUUUCGUGCUAAUGGGUUUUUGUUUUGUUAGUUAUGUACAUUUUGCCGAUUCUGUUUAGUGCAAACCUGUGUUAGCAUUUA